AUGAAAGCUCCCGUCCCCCUCCUGCUUCUGCUCCAAGCCCUGACAGUGCAUUGUCAAAAAGGGGUGUCAAAACGCGGAUCAGUGGAGGGUUGCACAGACUGGUCGGUGGACUAUAAGAGGUACCAGGCCUUAUUGGGAGAGCCGGUGCGGAUCCGCUGCGCCCUGUUCUACGGCUACAUCCGAGCCAACUACAGCCUCGCCCAGAGCUCCGGCCUCAGCCUCAUGUGGUACAAGAGCGCGGGACAUGGCGACUUCGAGGAGCCGAUCAGCUUCGACGGGACCCGCAUGAGCAAAGAGGAGGACGCCAUCUGGUUUAGACCGGCGGAACUGCAGGACGAGGGGUACUACUCGUGCGUGCUACGAAACUCCACAUACUGCAUGAAGGUAUCCAUGCCUCUAAACGUGGCGGAGAACGACACUGAUGUCUGCUAUAACUCCAAAAUGAGGUCCUACGAAAAGGCCGAGCUGAGCAAGAGCAAAAACAUCUCCUGUCCGGGAAUAGAAGAGUACAUCCAGCCGGGAACUGAACCGGAGAUCACAUGGUAUAAGGAGUGUAAGCCGCAGCAGUGGAGGGCAAGCAUUGAGACCAGAGACAGUUUGUACAUCAGGGAGGUCAAAGAGGAAGACACGGGGAACUACACCUGCGAGCUCCAGCUGGGGACGUUUGUGGUGCGCAAGACCACCGAGCUCUCCGUCACCGCUCCACAGACCGACAAGCCUCCAAAGAUCCUGUUCCCUGCGGAGGGUCAAAUGACAGUCAUCGAACUGGCCAUAGGCAGCCCGGUCAACCUGACGUGCAGAGCCUUCUUCGGGUACAGCGGAGACGUCAGCCCCCUCAUCUACUGGAUGAAAGCCGACAAGUACAUCGAGGACCUGGACGAUGAGAGAGUGCAGGAGACAGACCUCAAGACCAUCCGUAAACACUUGGGGGAGCAGGAGGUGUCCAUUUCGCUGACGAUCGAGGCUCUGGAUGAGGGCGACUUUGGGAACUACUCGUGUUAUGUGGAAAACAUCAACGGAAGAAGACAAGCUAACAUCCAGCUAGCCAAGAAACCGGAGCUGAUGUACACGGUGGAGCUGGCAGGAGGACUGGGGGCCAUCUUGCUGCUGUUGAUCUUCUUGGUGACGCUGUACAAAUGUUACCGCAUCGAGAUCAUGCUCUUCUACAGGACGCACUUCGGGAGCGAGGACCUGGAUGGAGAAAACAAAGACUACGACGCGUAUCUGUCCUACACUAAAGUCGACCCUGACCAGUGGAGCCAGGAGACCCGAGAGGAGGAGCGCUUUGCCUUGGAGAUCCUGCCUGAAGUCCUGGAGAAGCACUACGGGUAUAAACUCUUCAUACCAGACAGAGACUUGAUCCCAACAGGAAGUUUCACCAAUGAUCAUUUCCAGGAUGACACCAGGCUACUUAGAGCGUACAUCGAGGACGUGGCUCGCUGCGUGGACCAGAGCAAGCGUCUGAUCAUCGUUAUGACGCCCAGCUAUGUGGUGCGGAGGGGGUGGAGUAUCUUUGAGCUGGAGACGCGCCUCAGGAACAUGCUGGUGACGGGAGAGAUAAAGGUGAUCCUGAUCGAGUGCGCCGAGCUUCGCGGCAUCAUGAACUACCAGGAAGUGGAGGCGCUCAAACACACCAUCAAAAUGCUCACGGUCAUCAAGUGGCACGGCCCCAAGAGCAACAAACUGAGCUCCAAGUUCUGGAAGCAGCUGCUGUACGAGAUGCCCUUUAAGCGCCUGGAGGGUCCUCUGACCAUCUCCCACGAGCAGGUGCUGGACGUCAGCGAGCAGGGCCCCUUCGGCGAGCUGCAGACUGUCUCUGCCAUCUCCAUGGCAACCUCCACAGCGAUGGCCACGGCGCACCCGGACCUGCGCUCCUCCUUCGGCACCUGCCACACUCAGCUGAGGCAGCAGAAGCACUACUACCGCGGUUACGACUACGACCUGCCUCCGGGGGGCACUCUGCCGCCGCUGUCCGCCACGCUCGGCAACCAGCUCGGCAACCAGCACACCUACUGCAACAUCCCCAUGACGCUGCUCAACGGCCAGAGACCGCAGGGCAGGUCGCCAAGGCAACAGAGCAUGGAGGAGAGCCACGCCGGCAACAACGCCAUGCUGCCCCUGCUGCCCCGAGAAACCAGCAUCUCCUCUGUGAUCUGGUGACACAGGACUGUGCUGCUGCUGCUCAUGCUCCUCUGUGCACCAGGGAACAACAGGGACCAGAGCCCGGAGGAGGACUUUGUUUGCCUGUACUCAGUAACACAAGCCAACUAUCAUCGCCCGACCAGGAAAACAGGGUUUGUACAUAUCUUUUUGUAAUUCUUUGUAGCAUCUGUGUUCUCUCAUAUUUUGGAUUUUUUGGUAAAGUGAAGCCUGAGAGAAGUGCGGAUGUUAUCUUUAUCCAUGUAGACGAUGGGAUGCAGCCUCUGGACUUUUGUGGCUGAUUUUUCCCGGUUUUCCAGGAUGGACUAAACUGGAAUAUGCAAAACAAAGAGUCCAUCAAUGACUGAUCUGGAAAAGGACUAAAACGGUGCUAGGCUUCACUUUGUCACAUUUAUUUUGAAAAAACAGCCUUGCUAUUUACCUUAACAGAAGAUUAUAUCACUGAAAAAUCUAAUUAUUGUGUUAUUUUAUGAAAAAAGUCUAUUUUUGUAACUGAGGGAUAUUUGCUUAGAGAACUUCUAAAGUGAAGAUGGCUACGAGGGUACAAUAUUGUUUUUGUGAAAAUGAUACAAGUAGAUUAUGGAAAAUAAAAUAGGUUUUCACUAAAUGUCUUACCCAUAUU